ACUGCAUCACCCCCAUCAAAAACAACCCAUUUUUACCAUCCUUCUCUCUUUCUAGCCUAAAAUUCUAAAAACCAUUGUUUUUUAGGUUUUGCUUCUCAUUCACAUGAGACAAGGAGGGAGAUCAAGUUAUUAUAGAACAAGUGAAUAUGGAGAGUCCAUACUAUGCACCCCCACACUCGGACGCAUCUCGGCCGUCCCUAGGCUUCCCUCUUGGGACAGCCCUCCUCUUGAUCAUCAUCUUCAGCUUGAGUGGAAUCUUCUCGUGUUGUUACCACUGGGACAAGCUCAGAUCCAUCCGUCAAUCACUCGCCGAGGCCACAGAUCUGGAGGCAGAUACCACCCAUGAAUCCUCCUCCAAACCUAAACCCACCCCCACGAGUCCAAAGCAAAAGCUAAGCGAAAGCUUGCCAGUGUUAAUGCCAGGUGAUCGGAUCCCAAAAUUCAUAGCAUUGUCGUGUCCGUGUGAGCCGCCGCGGACAGAAAAGAUCAUUGUAAAGGUGGAGAAGCCGCCGCCGCCGGUAAAGCCGCCCAGGAUAGCGGUGCCUUUAUAUUGACACAAAAAACAAAAAACAAAACAUUGAUGUAUAUUAUGCAAUUCGAAAUCAAAUUUCACUCUCUUGUAUAUGUAAAAAGAUAAUCGAUUUCUUUUUCACUCUA